AUGCGCCUGACUGGUGUGCUGCUAAUUUUUUACUCUCUGACUGGGCAAUGCCUCAUUCCACACCCCGCAUCGAUUGACUACACCCAGGAGUACUACCGUCUUCCCAGUGACGUGGAGGUUCAACACAAUGCACCUUACUGCUUCACCCUCCACGCUGCGAUCAAGCGUCUCCUUGGGUCGUUUAAUCUGAAGCACCUUGUUGGAAAUGUAACUAAGCCCUUUGCAGGAAACAUAACCCGGCUCAUCCUCAAUGUUUCUUCGGAAUGCGAUGAACUCUCUCAAGUUCUUUAUCCUACAGAAGAUUCAAAGGAAGCUUACAACGUUUCGAUACGUAAUGGCACAAUCCUGAUUACAGCUCCUGAGGUGUGGGGAGCCAUGUAUGGCCUAACCACUGUGGCACAGUUGGUUAAUAUCACUGAUGGACGCGGAGACGCAAUGGCAACUGUCAAAAUGAACGUUCUCCACUGGCACAUUGUCGAUGACACCUCGUUCCCCUAUGAGUCCUACACGUUUCCGAAGCUUUCGGCGAAGGCAAGUUUCAUUUCGAAAGGCGCCUAUUCUCGAUCCUACGCCACUUACACACAGAAGGAUGUACAAAUUAUCAUUGAACAUGCCAGAUCCCUGGGUAUUCGGGUGAUCCCGGAAUUCGACACACCAGGUCACACACUAUCUUGGGGUCUCGGAUACCCAAACCUUCUAACCGCGUGCCACAUGAAAGACAAACCCGAGGAGCCGUUUGGUCCCUUUAACCCCACAAAGAACACCACUUACGACUUCAUGGGCGAGCUUGUAAAGGAAAUUCUGAAAGUCUUUCCAGGCGAUGCUAUUCACCUUGGUGGUGAUGAAGUUGAUCACAAAUGCUGGCAAUCAAAUCCAGACAUACGUGAGUUCAUGCAGAAGAUGGGCUAUGGCACAGAUUACUCCAAACUCGAGAACUACUACAUUUCCAAUCUGCUUAAAAAGACAAAGGAAGUUACGGGAAAGGAAAUCAAGGCAUACGUGUGGCAAGAAGUCUUUGACAACAAGGCCGAACUUGGGAGGUCAGUAAUCAUAAACGUCUGGAAAAGUCCAUUUUGGAGGAAUGAAUUGGACCUUGUGACCAAAUCGGGGAGAGAAGUUGUAUUCUCGGCCUGUUGGUACCUCGAUUACAUCAAAUACGCUGAGGACUGGAUUGAAUAUUACCGGUGCGACCCAGCAUCAUUUACAAACAACACCGCACAACUUGCACUGCUAAAAGGUGGCGGGGCAGCAAUGUGGGGUGAAUUCGUUGAUGGAACCAACUUAAUUUCAAGGUCUUGGCCCCGAGGCGCAGUAGUAGCUGAACGCACCUGGAGUCCGGCUUCCAUCAAAGAUGUUGACGAUAUGCGAACUCGCCUCAGGAACUACCGCUGUUUUCUUCUCUCGUAA